UGGAAUUAAACAUCUUUAUUAACAUCUUAUUUUUUUUUCUCUAAACUGUAGUGUGUCGUUCUAAAAAGAGUCGGCUCUUUGAAUCGACUCACUCAGAUGAGCGGAGAGAGUCGACUCGCGUAUGUUAAGCAGCUUUUUUUCUUCAUUUUGUAGAAGUAAGCGCCACCUCUACGUCGUCUUGCGGUGUAAUUUAAUAAAUUAAUCAAUAAAAUUCUGUUAUUUUCAACACCUGAGCAGUUUGUUCGGGUCAGACGCAUUUGACUCAGCUGUGUCUAUGAACCGAGAAUGAAUGAAUGAAUGAUUCGUUUGCAUAUUUUGUAAAAUGCAACACGAAGUAAUAUUAGAACAAGGUUUUCUGGAAUUUCGCGGAGAGAACAAUCACUGGUUAAAAUAUCGUACAAUUUGUCGACUGUUUGGGAAUCGACUCUUAUUGACGAGCCAACUGAUCCGAUUCAUUGAAAAGAGCCGGAUUUCUCAGCAGGUGAUUGCUGUGUGUUCCUGACAGUUUUGUGGAUCGGCUGGAGGAGCCAAUUCUGGUGCAGGAGGUGGGGUUUGUUGGGAAUAUGAGAGAACACCAUCCACCUUCUUACUGCAUGCAGCAUCUCGGAAGGUCUGGCCUUGUCCACUUCUGCUGCGAGCACGUUUUUCUCUGUAGAGUCUCAAAUUACUGAUUAAGAUGGAGAGGAACUCUGCUCCUUGGUCUAGAGACAAGACCUACAUAUUUUUGUGGACCAGUCGUCAGUUUCAGCAGGAGCAGACGGAGUGGGACGCAGUGAACCGCCUGCUGCAGCAGCACGGCUUUAAACCAGUCCGCUUCACAGAUCCCACCGAGAACAAGAGCCUGGCAGAAACGACGACACCUUCGAAUGAGCGCAUGAAAAUGAACCAAUGCCUUCUGACCAAUCACAACGCAGACCUGGUGCUGUUGGAGAGGGCGUCCUCGUCUGAGCUGCGCGUCAUGCUGAAGACGAUGCUGACGGACUCGGAGCGGAGACAAGCGCUGAUCCAGGAGCUCAUCCAGUCCAACAGCAAGUUAAAACGCAGAGCGGAGGAGCUGGAGGAUGUGCUGGCUGGGGUGAAGGUCAAAGUUCAGGGCCUGGAGGACUCCAUUAUCAGUAAAGCAGCACAGCAGCGGGGACAAUUACAGCAACUGCAGCAGGACAAGAGAGACGCCGAGAUGCACUGUGAGGCUGUGCAGCAGCAGCUCAGUGAGCAGGUGUCUCAGGUGUGUGAGCUGCAGAAGAAGCUCCAUCUCGCUGUGAAGGAGGAGGAGAAACGCACAUCUCGCCAGAACCAGGCUUUCCAGCAGUUCCUCAGUCGCUCAGCUCGAAUACACUCACCUAGUGAUCAGCUGAUCCUAGAUGUCAUCAGUGUUUAUGAAUCUCAGCUGCAGGAUAAACUGAAGAGGUGCCGCAGAUGCAGCGUGUGUAAGAACGACUCGUCUGACUCUCAGAACACCAACAUGUCAGAGUUAACCUCGUCCAGCUACAAAACCCUGCUCAAGUCAUAUCAGGAGCAGCUGAAGAAGACUAAAGUGCAGCGUGAAGCUCUGAAGUCAGAGAUUCAGCGCCUCAGACAGGACCUGGACUCCAGGCCGAGUGUGAAGGAGCUGAAGUGGUGUAAGCAGCAGGUGAGGAGGUUGGAGCGUCUUGUUCAAGACACCAACAUCAGGUCAGUACAGAUGGAGACGGCUGAAGAUCCUCCGAGUUCCAGCACUGAGACACAGCGACACAUCACAGAAAGCCAGAGAUACAUCACAGAGAUCUGCUCAGCGCUGAAGGUGCAGGACGUCGGUCACGUCGUGGCUGCUGUUAAAGCGCGCUGUAGAGAGGCUGAUUCAGCGCUCAGACUUGAGAAGGUCCUUAAUGACAUCACGGCCAUCCUGACCAAUCCGAGAGCUCCACUGGCGUUGCUGAGGGGCCCUGAUGACGCAGGCUCAAAGCUGGAGCAGAUUGUCCCUACGCUCGAGAUGUGGAGCCAACAGCUCCGCGCUCUGCCCGAUCUGCACUGCUCUGUGAGCAGGCUCGUGAAGAGGCUGCUGCCGUGGCAGCUGCAGGACGGAGCGUGUCAUCAGUCCGAGUGUGUGAAGGUGGAGGACGUGAUACUCAUGGUGGACACGCUGCUGGAUGAGACUGCCCCAGAUGACAAGGUGCUGCGCACACCCACGAAGCCCACCCUGCAGGCGAUGGUAUCUCACUUCCAGAAGCUGUUUGACGUUCCGAGUCUGCGCGGUGUUUAUCUGAGGAUGAACAAGGUUUACACUCGGCUGGCGGAGAUGAACAACGUCAUGAGGAACCUCCGCGACAUCCUGGACAUGGAUGACGGAGCGCCCCCGAGUGACGUGGUGAAUACGGUGGCGAGAAUCAUGACCCAAGGUGGUGCUUAUCAAAACCCACAUGAGCUGCUUGGAACCAGUGACAUAGACAGCAUUAUAGUGAAGUUGAGGGAACAUGAGGAAUUCUUUCCUGCAUUUCACUCGCUGGUCCUCGAGCUGCUCAACACACUGGGUACGUAUACACACAGGAACAUGAUGGAGAGUAAUUGUGUGUGUAUAAUCAUACAUAUUACAAUUCACUUUUAUGUAGUUGGCUAAUCUCUUGGGAUUUUCACACACUAAAAUAAAAUCUCCAGCUGGUUCGAUUCCCCAGACUAGCAGGAUUGACAUAAGUGCCCUUGAGCAAGGCACCUAACCUCCAACUGCUCCGGCAAGAGUGGUGGCGUACCUUGUGUCUGAUUAGCCAAAGAAAAACUGAUGUGAUCAUCAGUUCGGGCAUUGAACCCGACCAACUGAACAAGCCCCCAAAAGUAUUGGAACCGCAAGGCCAGGUUGGUUUUGCAUUCGAGUUCAAACAUCUUCAGUGUAGAGCAAAGCAGAGGGUUUGGUGUUCCAAUGCUUUUGGAGGGCCCC